AUGGGUGAAAAUAAAUUUGACGGUUUGUCUUUUUUUGAAAAUAAUGAAUUCCAGAAUAUGAAUUUUAUAAGGGGUUCUAUGGAUAAUAAUCGUAAUGAUGAAGAAAAAGGGUUAAUACAGAAAGCUAUAGAUUUAUCAAAAAAAGGAGCAGAAACAUUACAGAAAGGUUUAAAAGAAAAGUUAGGAAAAAAUAAUUUGAAUGAUGGAGCUUCUAUGGUAUCUAAUUCAACAACAGCUGAAAGUGGUUCCAUGUUUUCAAAUUUUCCUUUAUUUAAUAAUAAUAAUCAGAAUAGAGAAAAUGAAACAAGUUCAUUUUUUGCUUUUACAACUUUAGUAUCUUAUAAAAACUUUCCAUUAUUCUGUAUUUUAUUUGGUAUCAGUGUUUUAUUUAUGAUUCUAUCAUUUUUUACAUUACCUAUGAUAGUAAUAACACCAAGACAAUUCGGUUUCUUCUUUACUGUAUCUUCAAUAUGUUUUGUUUCAUCCUUAGCUUUCUUGAAGGGAUUUUCUAAUUUGUAUCAUCACUUAAUGGAAAAACAACGCCUCCCUUUUACAACGGCCUACAUUUUAUCAUUAGUAUCAACCUUAUAUUUUACUCUUAUUAAUCCCUUAUAUUUACUGGCAUUAAUUACAUCAGUUAUUCAAAUGUUAGCCCUUAUAUCCUUUCUUGUUUCCUACAUACCAGGUGGAGCAGGAGCCAUCAAAAUGCUUCUUAAUGCUAUUUAUUCUUAUGUUAAAAAUUUAUUUAGAAGAAGCAAUACUUCAGAUUUACCCUUUUAA